ACCAGUCUGCUGCUGCUGCUGCUGCCAUGAUUCAAACCUCCGCCACCGCCCUCUCUUUUCUCCCUCUCCAUCAACCGCUUUGACUUUUCUCCCCCUCCGUCGGCCGGAGAUCGGCAUGCAGACAAUGCCGACAACUUAGCUCCGGUGGCCUGGGUUCCCAAUCGUGCUCCACCACUGCAACUCACAUUUAUUGCGAAUUCAUUUGACCGCGACUGUUCAGUAACCGCUUUCCCCCCAUUUCCUCCUCCCCCUUCGAUUACCGAGCCUAGCGGAAAUGGCGGCGGCACUGACGGGGGACGAUCUCGUGGGAUCGACGAGCAGCAGGCGGAGCUUCGGCUCUACGAGCCACCGGAGCUGGAUGGCGACGGCGAGCUUCCGCGACGUGUUCACCUCGGCGCCGGCGACGGACGCGUUCACCCGCGCAGGCGGGAGGGAGCAGGAGGACGACGAGGAGGAGCUCCAGUGGGCGGCUAUCGAGCGGCUGCCGACGUUCGACAGGAUGAGGAAGGGCGUGCUGAAGACGGUGCUCGACGACGGCGCCGUCGUCCGGAGCGAGGUCGACGUCACGAAGCUCGGGAUGCAGGACAGGAAGCAGCUGAUGGAGAAUAUACUGAAGGUCGUUGAGAACGACAACGAGAACUUCCUCCGGCGCCUCAGAGAUCGAACCGAUCGAGUAGGGAUUGAAGUUCCGAAGAUUGAAGUGAGGUACGAGCAUUUAUCGGUCGACGGCGAGGUUCACGUCGGCAGCAGAGCUCUUCCCACUCUGUUCAACACCGCCAUUAACACCGUCGAGAACGUUCUUGGAUGGAUUCGGUUGGCUCCAUCGAAGAAGAGGAAGAUACAGAUUCUUCAAGAUAUCAGUGGAAUCGUGAAACCAUCAAGGAUGACGCUUCUUCUGGGUCCUCCAGGGGCAGGGAAGACUACAAUGCUGCUUGCUCUUGCUGGCAAGCUCGAUCAUGAUCUCAAGUCUUCGGGAAAGAUAACCUACUGCGGCCAUGAGUUCAACGAGUUUGUCCCACAGAGGACGUGCGCUUACAUCAGUCAGCACGAUCUCCACCAUGGCGAGAUGACGGUGAGGGAGACAUUCGACUUCUCGGGGCGAUGCUUGGGGGUGGGGACGAGAUAUGAGAUGCUGGUGGAGCUCUCCAGGCGGGAGAAACAAGCCGGGAUUAAGCCUGAUCCUGAGAUUGAUGCGUUCAUGAAGGCCACUGCAGUUUCUGGCCAGAAGACUAGCUUGGUCACUGAUUACAUUCUCAAGAUUCUCGGAUUGGACAUUUGCGCCGAUAUCAUUGUUGGGAAUGAGAUGCAGAGAGGGAUCUCUGGAGGGCAGAAGAAGCGUGUUACAACUGGAGAAAUGUUGUGUGGACCAGCAAAGGUCCUUCUGAUGGAUGAAAUAUCAACCGGGUUGGACAGUUCAACCACUUUCCAGAUUUGCAAGUUCAUGAGACAGAUGGUCCACAUUAUGGAAGUAACCAUGAUCAUUUCUCUUCUACAACCAGCACCUGAGACAUUUGAACUCUUCGAUGAAGUCAUCUUGCUCUCGGAAGGAAGGAUAGUGUACCAAGGUCCACGAGAGAAUGUGCUCGAGUUCUUUGAGUAUAUGGGGUUCAAAUGCCCAGAUAGGAAAGGAGUUGCAGACUUUCUACAAGAGGUGACUUCCAAGAAGGAUCAAGAGCAGUACUGGUACAAGAGGAACGAGCCUUAUCGAUAUGUCUCAGUCACUGAGUUCGUUGAAGGCUUCCACUCUUUCCAUGUCGGCCAGCAGAUUGCAUCAGAUCUUAGUGUUCCAUACGAUAGGUCCAAGGUACAUGAUGCUGCGCUCGUGAAAAGCAAGUACGGGAUCUCGAAUUGGGAGCUCUUCAGGGCAUGCUUCUCGAGAGAAUUGCUUCUGAUGAAGCGGAACAACUUCGUGUAUAUAUUCAAGACCACCCAGAUAACAAUCAUGUCGAUAAUUGCCUUCACGGUAUUUCUGAGGACAACGAUGAAAGUUGGGACUGUAUCGGAUGGGAACAAGUUCCUCGGGGCGCUGUUCUUCAGUCUCAUUAACAUGAUGUUUAAUGGAAUGGCUGAGCUUGCCAUGACUGUUUUCAGGCUUCCUGUGUUUUUCAAACAGAGGGACUUCUUAUUUUAUCCUGCAUGGGCUUUUGGACUUCCCAUAUGGAUCCUCAGAAUUCCUAUCUCUUUCUUGGAGUCUGCUAUAUGGAUUGCUCUAACUUACUACACUAUUGGUUUUGCUCCAUCUGCUAGCAGGCUUUUCAAACAGUUUCUGGCGUUCUUCGGUAUACAUCAGAUGGCUCUCUCCCUUUUCCGCUUCAUUGCUGCUGUUGGAAGAACACCAGUUGUGUCAAACACGUUUGGAACCUUCUCAUUGCUUAUCAUUUUUGUUCUGGGAGGAUUCAUUAUUGCCAAAGAUGACAUUCAAUCUUGGAUGAUCUGGGGAUACUACAUUUCUCCUAUGAUGUACGGUCAAAAUGCGGUCGUCAUAAGUGAAUUUCUUGAUGAUAGAUGGAGUAUGCCUAAUUUGGACCCUAGGAUUAACGAAACUACGGUUGGGAAAGCAAUUCUCAAAUCUAGAGGCUUCUUUACCGAUGAAAGUUGGUACUGGAUUUGCAUUGCAGCACUCUUCGGGUUUUCUGUGCUGUUCAAUGUUUGUUUCAUUGCAGCACUGAGUUACUUGAACCCAUUUGCUGACUCGAAAGCUGUUAUUCAAGAUGAAGAUGCAGAGAAGGAAGAGAGGACAAAAGGUAUUGACAUGGCCAUGAGAAGUUUAUCAGCAAAUGGUGGUUCUAACUCGACUAAAAGAGGAAUGGUUUUGCCCUUCCGACCCCUUUCGCUAGCAUUCAACCAUGUGAACUACUACGUAGAUAUGCCUGCUGAAAUGAAGACACAGGGAGUUCCAGAAACUCGGCUCCAACUGUUACGAGAUGUCAGCGGAGCUUUUCGUCCAGGAAUACUAACAGCAUUGGUAGGUGUAAGUGGAGCAGGUAAGACCACGUUAAUGGAUGUCUUGGCUGGAAGGAAGACCGGUGGGUAUGUAGAAGGAAGUAUCAACAUUUCAGGCUACCCCAAAAACCAAGCGACAUUUGCUCGUGUCAGUGGCUACUGUGAACAGAAUGACAUCCAUUCUCCUUAUGUCACUGUGUACGAGUCUCUCGUGUACUCGGCUUGGCUUCGACUUCCUCAAGAUAUUGACUCUAAAACUAGACAGAUGUUUGUUGAAGAAGUGAUGGAUUUGGUCGAGUUGAAUCCAAUAAGAGAUGCCUUAGUUGGACUUCCGGGGGUAGAUGGUCUAUCCACGGAACAGAGGAAGAGGUUGACAAUAGCUGUGGAAUUGGUUGCUAAUCCCUCCAUCAUAUUCAUGGACGAGCCCACCUCUGGCCUCGAUGCUAGAGCUGCUGCCAUUGUUAUGCGUACCGUGAGAAACACAGUCGACACUGGGAGAACCGUCGUCUGCACGAUUCACCAACCGAGUAUCGACAUUUUUGAAGCAUUCGAUGAGCUAAUGCUGAUGAAAAGAGGUGGUCAAGUCAUCUACGCUGGAUCUCUGGGACGCCAUUCUCAUAAGCUUGUCGAGUAUUUCGAGGCUGUCCCGGGAGUUCCUCGUAUCAAAGAUGGAUAUAACCCUGCCACAUGGAUGCUCGAAGUGAGUUCACCAUCAAUGGAACUGCAGCUAGAUGUGGACUUCGCCCAGAUUUAUGCAAAUUCCUCCCUAUAUCAGCGGAAUCAAGAACUAAUCAAGGAGCUCAACACACCAGCACCAGGGUCCAAGGAUCUCUACUUCCCGACGCAGUACUCACAGUCCUUCAAUACCCAGUACAAGGCUUGUUUCUGGAAACAGAACUGGUCUUACUGGAGGAACCCUCAGUACAACGCCGUUCGAUUCGCCCUGACGUUUCUCAUAGGCCUCCUCUUUGGCCUCAUCUUCUGGAAGAAAGGCCAGAAGAUGGAGAAACAGCAAGACCUGAUGAACAUCUUGGGAGCCAUGUACGCCGCGGUGUUCUUCCUCGGAGCGACGAAUGCUUCCUCCGUCCAGCCCGUCGUCUCGGUCGAGAGAACGGUCUUCUACCGCGAACGAGCAGCCGGAAUGUACUCUGCAUUGCCUUACGCAUUCGCCCAGGUGUCUAUAGAAGCGAUCUACGUCUUCGUCCAAACAGCCAUCUACCACAUCGUCCUCUACUCCAUGAUCGGGUUCGAGUGGAAAGUCGGCAAGUUCCUGCUCUUCUUCUACUACAUCUACAUGGCGUUCGUCUACUUCACGCUAUACGGGAUGAUGAUCGUCGCCCUCACGCCGGGGCACCAGAUCGCCGCCAUCUGCAUGUCCUUCUUCUUGUCAUUCUGGAACUUGUUCGCCGGCUUCCUUAUCCCCCGGACGCAAAUCCCGAUAUGGUGGAGGUGGUACUACUGGGCGUCGCCGGUGGCUUGGACGCUGUACGGCAUGGUGACGAGCCAGGUCGGCGACAAGGACAACCUGGUGGAGAUUCCUGGGUCGGAGAGUCUAACGGUGAAGCAAGUACUGGAAGAAGGGUUGGGAUACAAGCACAGCUUCCUUCCGGCCGUCGCCGUGGCACAUUUGGGGUUCGUUUGUUUGUUCUUCUUUGUGUUUGCUUUCGGUAUCAAGUACCUUAACUUCCAGAGACGAUAGAAAGAGGGACCAAAAGGCUUUUAAAGGUAAAAGAAAAAAAAUAUUACCUCAAAGGAAAUACAGAGGAGGUAGGAGAAGAGGAGAAGAACCAAUCUUGAUGAUGCAGAUAAUUAACCAACUGUGUAAUUUAUCUCUUUUUUUUUUUACUUGUGAAAUAUAUGAAAAAAGGAUUAGUUUUGGGUAUAUGGUAAAUUGUUUCUAAGGUUAACUCGAUUGAACAUGGUGGUCUGGCCUAGAGUUCUGAUGGCCACCAUGUUGGUGGUUUUGAUGGAACCGUUUCAGUUUCUAUAGUUGAAAUGGAUUUGGAAAUGAACUUUGUAUCUUCGUACUUUAAACAGCAAUCAUAUUUAGGGAUGAUAAUUAGUACGAGAGUUUAGGGAUGAUAAUUAGUACGAUCUGUUGCGAGCAUGAGUUAUUCAUUGUCAUGUCACAAGUAUUUUUGUUCUCAUGUGCGGCUGAAUAGUAGACAAAAUGCGUAGUUAUACUUUUAUGGAAGAUAUAUCGAGUUUCACGAAUGUCCACAAAUAAGCAUACGAAUUCAUGACAUUAUUAUAUAUACGUUAUAGUAAAUUUUGGUACUGGUUUCUAACUGCAGUCUAAAUUAGAAACAAGGUUGCCUUCGUGGCUAGAACAAAGAACAAAUUGACCUAAACAUGGGAUAGGCUAACUGUAACACCAUUAAUGUGAACGAUCCAAGGUCCCAAGUUUGAUUUCCAGAUAGCGUAAUUAUCGUCCACGGGGUCCCAAUAUUCAGGUGACUGUGUGACGACCCAUUUAGUAACACUCCUUGGUUAGAUGUGUAUCCUAGUCCUGCUUGCAGGAGGACGUUCAUGGCAAGCUUCCCAUCGAAGGCCUUCGAUUGAUCAUCGACGAAGGUGGCGGCCUACCAAAUAAUCCCGUGGCUGCAAUGAAGUUGACAAAUUAUA